AUGUCGCGAAGCCACUUCCAACGCCCCGAGGCCGCCCUCAAGCGCGCCGAAGAGCUCAUAGCCGUUGGGAAGGAGCAGGAUGCGCUCGAUGUCCUUCAUGACACGAUAAAGGCCCGCCGCCACAAGCAGCAAUGGUCCCAAACGCACGAAGACAUCAUGAUGAUGCACGUGGGCCUCUGCGUGACGCUACGCAAGCCCCAAGUCUGCAAAGAUGCCCUCUUUCAAUACAAGGCCCUGUCGCAAACUGUCGCGGUCACCUCGCUGGAGAAAGUGCUCACCCACGUGCUCGAUCUCGCUCGAAAGCGCGCCGAGGAGGCCCAGAAGUCGUCGAUUGACAAGGUCGAAGAGAUUGACGAUCUCGAUUCUGGCGACAAUCCGGAGCACCUGCUCCUGUCCGUCGUCUCCGGUCACCUGGCCCAAGAUCGCAUGGACCGCACGGUGCUGGCCCCGUGGCUGCGCUUCAUGUGGGACAGCUACCGGAACUCGCUCGAGCUGCUGCGGAACAACCACCAGGUCGAGGGCCUCUACAACAAGAUCGCCCAGGCCUCGCUCGACUUCUGCCUCAAGUACCAGCGCCGCGCCGAAUUCCGCAAGCUGACGGACCUGCUGCGUGGACAUCUGAUGCAGAUCCAGCGCCAACAACACUUGGCUCACGGUGUGAAAUUGAAUUCGCCCGAGUCGCUGACGCUGCUCCAGGAAACACGGCUCAAGCAGCUGAACACGGCCAUCCAAAUGGAGCUCUAUCAAGAGGCCUUCAGAUCGGCCGAAGACGUGCACGGCAUCAUGCAGCUCUCCAAGGACAAGGAUCGUCGUAUGGUCCGCCCGGCCAUCUGCUCCACCUACUACACAAAGCUUGCCGUGGUCUUCUGGAAAGCUGGCAACUACCUGUUCCACGCCGCCGCGCUGCUCCAAAAGUUCACCAUCUGCAAGGAUCUGCGCAAGAACUGGACACCAGAGGAGGCCCGCGAGCUCGCCACGGCCGUUCUGCUCGCCAUCCUCUCGAUCCCGGAGGGCGCCGACCACCCGUCGCUCUUCAAGCGGGCGCUCGACCUCGAGAUGUACCACGGCGUCAAUAUGAGAGUCCUCUCAAAUCUGCUCGACCUCGCCAUGAUCCCGUCUCGCGCAAGCCUCCUUCGCGAAGCCGCACGCCAGGGCAUCAUCGAAUCGGCCGACGAGACCGUGGUCAAGCUGUACGACCUGAUGGAGAUGAGCUACUCGCCGAAUCAGCUGUCCAAGAAAGCUGCCGACGUUUUGACCGUCCUCCAGGGCCAGCCCGAAUCCGCGCCGUACACGGAGGCCCUGCAAUAUUCCAUCGCUGUCAAGGUCUUGAAUCUGGGUUCUCGCCUCUACCAAGUCAUGUCCUGGGCCAAGUUGCGCCGGCUUCUUCCUUCUUUCGGAGAGCUCGAGCUCGAGUUCUUCCUGGCCGAAGUGAGCAAGAUGCGGCUGGUUAAGUUCGCCAUCGAUCAUCGCAACGGCCAGCUGAACUUUGACGAGCCGGUCGGGGACACGCUCGCUGGCGGAUUUGAUGAAAGCGAUCAUCGCUCCGGCCACAACUUGCGCACCCAUCUCGAGGUGCUGUACACGAAGCUGCAAGACUUUGACCGGAUGUUCACCGGCGAGAAGAAGCGCGAGGAGGCUGUCGAGAGGAUCAAGCGGCUCGUCGGCAUCUACAAACACCACAAGGACGCCGACUCGGACCGCUUCCACCAGCGCCGUGUCAAGAUCGAGCGCAACAAGGAGGCCGGCGAGCGCCAAGUGCAAGAACUGAAGGCCCAGGCCGACCGUGAGCGCCAGCAACGCGCCGAACGUCAACGCCAGGAGGACAAGAUUCGCCUGGAGAAGGCGCGCAAGGAUCAAGAGCUGCGGCGCAAGGAGGCCGAGAAAGACGAGGUCGAGAAGAAGAUACGGAUGGAGAAGAUGCGCAAGCUGCUGCAGAGCUCGCUGUACAAGGACGUCCUGUCGAAGUACACCGAGGAUGAGCUGGCCAAUAUGGACCCGGAGGAGAUCAUGCGUGAACAGCGCAUCGACAUGGACAACAAGCGCCAGGCCACGCAGAAGCGCCUCGAGCAGCAGGACCGCAAAUUCGACCACACGGUCCGUGCCGAUCACAUUGAAGAGGCCAUCCAGCGUCGUGCCCGCGAUUGCCGGCGCCAGGAGACCGUGCCCAAGCUGUUCAACGCCUACGAGGAACGCCGCAUCGCCAAAAUUGUGGCCGCCCGCGAAUUCGCCGUCAACGUUUGGGGCAAGCUGCAGACGGUUGCCGAUGAGGCGAACGCCUGGAUGGCCAAGGUGAAGGCCGACAGGGCCGGGCACUUUGAGGCCAAGAUGAACGACUUCAAGGAGAAGCUGAAGGCCGUGCGCGAAGACCGGUUGGCCGCGAGGGCGCUGGCACGCCGCGAGGAGCGCCGGCGGCAAUGGCAACAGGACCGGAUCGAGGCCGAGGCUCGCCGGAAGAAGGAGGAAGAGAUGCAGCGGGAGCAGCUGCAAGAGGAACAGCGCCGGGCUGCCCGUGGAGAUCGCCCGGAUCAUCACCACCGCCGCGAGCGUGACGAUGAGCCCUCGCGUGCGAUGGCUGACGACAACUGGCGCGCCGGUGGCGGCGAAUCGAUUGUGCGUCGAGUGGAACGCGAGCGGGAGCGUGACUUCGGAGGAGACCGCGACCGUCAACGCCCGUCGAUGGCGCCGCGUGAGCCUCGUCAGCAACCGACUGCCCCUGCCGACGCGGACAACGCUUGGCGCGCCGGGGCCCGCCCGCAGGCUGCCCGCCAUCCGGAGCCGCCUCGUCAUGCACUUGAUUCGCAUCGCCGCGAGCCUGUUCAUCACCAUGUCGCCGCCUCGGUGGCCGACACCGAAGACAAAUGGGCACGUGGCAAUGUUGUGAAGCGCCAGCCGCCUCCCACUUCCGCCCCGCCUCCAGAUCCGGCGCCUUCCGCCCCUGUUGCUGUCGCGCCGCCGGCCGCCCCGAAGAAGAGCGCCUACGUUCCACCACAGCGCAGGCAGGCCAUGGCUGCUGCUCAACCAGCUCCAGUUCGUCGCCAAGAAGAGGAGGUGGAUGCCGAGGGCUUCACCACCGUCAAGACGAGCCGUGGACCCCCGCGCUCGACUCCUACCCCGCCGGCGCCUUCGUCCUCCUCUCAUGAGCCUCCUCGCGGCGCUCAAAUCCUGCGACGUCCGCCCGGUGGCCCCGCGAAAUCUGCCGACGCCGACUCGGACUGGCGCAAG